AUGGCCGCCACCGCCGACGACAUCGCCGCUGCUGCUGCCGCAGCCCUUGCUGCCCCUGCCGCUGUCGCCAAACCAUCUGAAAAACCUUUUGGGAUAUCCCAAAUCAAGGCUUACAUUCCCGUGAUCCUUGACAUGACCAAGUUCAACUAUGAUCUUUGGCGUGAAUUAUUCGAAACCCACUGCUCCACCUUUGGUGUUCUUGAGCACAUUGAUGGAUCGGGGAAUCCAUCUCCUGACAUCGCGAAGGCUUGGAAGGAACGCGAUGGUCUCGUGAAGAUGUGGAUCUACGGAACCAUAUCCGAAUCACUUCUCGACACAGUCCUCACGGCAAAGUGUACUGCCCGUGACCUCUUUAUUACGAUAGAGAAUCUCUUUCGUGAUAACAAGGAAGCGAGAGCUCUCCAACUCGAUCAAGAGCUCCGCACUGCCACAAUUGGUGACCUCAGCGUCCACGAUUACUGUAAGAAGCUCAAAUCUCUCUCCGAUCUCCUUACAAACAUGGACUCCCCUGUCACCGAUUGUGCACUGGUGAUGUAUCUUCUCAAUGGUCUCUCUGACAAGUUUGAUAACAUUAUCAACGUGAUCAAACAUAAGGAGCCAUACCCUACAUUCUCAGCAGCCCGAUCAAUGUUACUCCUUGAAGAAGACCGCCUUGCAAAACAAGUCAAACCACAACCAAGCAACACCAAGAGCUCAUCUGCUCCGAACGUGCUGUACACGGAAUCGGCUCCACCACAGCCGUACCAAUCAAAACCACAACCACAGCACCAGGGUCGUGGCUACUCAUCUCGGGGUCACGGUGGACGACACAAUAGAGGCCGAGGACGGUACAACAACCAAUGGCAGCAGAACUACGCACCACCACCAUGGUCGUAUGGGCCACCACAAUGGCCUAUGUCUUACGGGUACAAUCCAUACCCCUCUCCUGCUCCAUUCUCACCUCCUCCGCCAUAUCCACAUCCCUACUCGUCUACUCCUCCAUCUCCGAGUAUCCUCGGUCCAGCUCCUCAUCACCGCGCUCACACCGAAGCUCACGUGGCUCAACAAUCUCCGGUGCCACCACAAUCGUCAACGCCGGCACCAAACGAACAGUAUCUCCCGUCCGAGAUUACCAACGCAUUCAACACCAUGACGCUACAAGACCCGGGAGCGAGCUCAUGGUACAUGGACACUAGAGCUACAAACCACAUCACCGCGGAUUCAGGUACCCUCUGUUCUGUCUUUAAUACUAGCGCUUCUCCUCCGGUGAAAGUCGGUAAUGGCUCGUUAGCUCCUGUAACUAAACUUGGCAAUGGACACCUCUUCUCCGGUGUGACAGUCCAGGGCCUCUAUAUGCGGUUAUUCACCCCCAUCGCUCCCAACCACAUGCUCUUGUCACAUCCUCCACCAAUAGCGUUCUCUGGCAUCGUCGUCUUGGCCAUCCAGGAAACGUCACUCUUCAAACACUUGCUUCUUCUGGAUUCAUUUAUUUUAAUAAGGCCGAUAUGA